GAAAACGAACGUCGUUUGAAUAAUUUUCGGUAGGUUUUUACAUCAUUUUACAGCAAAACAUUACUUUAAUAGAUUCCUUUUCAUAUUUCACCUAUUGCGUGCAAAUAUUAUACUCACACCAUGUCGAAAAGAAAAGUAACAUUUGAGGAUGGCAACGGUGAGUUUGACCUCGAAGACGAUGUCCCGAAUAAAAAGAGUUGUGAAGCUGUCAGCGGACCAGGCUCCAGGUUUAAGGGUAAACAUUCCCUCGACAGCGAUGAAGAGGAUGAAGGAGAAGACACAAACAGCAGCAAAUAUAAUAUUUUAGACAGUGAUGAUGUUGAGGGUCAAGAGGGAGCAACCAUUGACUUUGAUGAGGGAGUUUCUAUUACUCCUUUCAACCUGGAAGAGGAGAUGCAAGAAGGACACUUUGACUCAGAGGGAAACUAUUUCAUCAAAAAGGAGCAACAGAUUAGAGACAACUGGCUUGAUAACAUUGACUGGGUGAGAAUAAGAGAGCAGCCUUUCAAAAAAAAGAAGAAAGGUCUUGGAGCCAAAAGGACACGCAGAGCAGGCGAUGAGGACGAGGCAGAGGAAGAAAAACAGAGAGAAGAACAGCAAGCAGACCAAGAAGAAGAAGAGGAGGAGGAAGAGGUAGAGCCUCCAGAGGACCCACUGGCAUCCUACACACAGCACCAGCUCACUGAAGCGGUCAUCGAACUACUGCAGCCUGGAGAAACAGUCGCUACAGCGCUCCGUCGGUUAGGAGGCCUUGGAGGACGGAAGAAGGGAAAGCUGAGGGAAGAAGAAAAAUCCACAGAGGAGACCAAAAGGGAUACGGAAAAGCUUGAUCGGCUCACAGCGCUAGCUGACCGACUGGUUGGAUCCGGGAUGUUUGAAAUCUAUCAGCAAACCUACGAAAAACUGGCCUACAUGUUGAAGAGCAUGACUAGCAAGCGGCCAGCGGUGGGGGGUGAGGAGGAGGAAGAAGGAGAUGAGCUUGACAUGUUUGCUGACAAGUUUGAUGAGAAGCAUGGUGAAACAGCUGAGGACAAAGAUGACAAUAAAAGGGUGAGCGAUGAAGUGAUGUGGGAGUACAAGUGGGAAAAUAAGGAUAAUUCAGAAGUCUACGGCCCUUUCACAAGCCAGCAGAUGCAGGACUGGGUGGAUGAAGGCUAUUUCAGCAGUGGUGUUUACUGUAGGAGGGUGGACCAGGAGGGAUCGCAGUUCUACAGCUCCAAGAGACUGGACUUUGAACUCUAUACAUGAUUUACAUCCAGUAUUGAAAAAUUUGAACAUAAUAUUAUGUUUCAGCUACAAUCUGUUCUCAGCCUUUUCAUGAUUUCUUUUAGGGUUUUGGUGUCAGAUCUGCCAUUUUAACACUGGUUUUGUUUUCUGUACGCUGUUUUUUAAAUAAAUGAUGUAUGUGGUGAAGUAAUCUGA